AUGUCGCGAUGGCUGCCGCACGGCACGGGCCGCGAGAGUAGUAAUAUCGAGUUGGAGCCUAUAGCGGAGCAGUGGACGGAGGAGUGCAACGGGCAGCGCAGCAGCAUGGCGCGCGGAUGGAACAGGGAGUUGCGCGCUGAUGCUGGCUCUGGCACUCCAGCCUCCCACAGCCGCCAUGGCUCCGCGUUUGAUGCGGCAGAGGUGGAGGCCAGGCUCAUGAAUGAGCCACUCAUUGCCGACCCUGCCGUCGCUGCUGCUGCGGCUGCUGCCGCCGAGCCUCCGCCGGGCCUACCGAGCUGGCUUCGGGAGGUGGACGUAGGCUCGGUGAGCACAGGCUUGACGCCGCACGUCCGGUUCGACGACUCUGGCUCCAGUCCGUCCCAGGACAUGGACGGCGCCGAACCUGUGCACGAGGCUCGGGCCGAGCCUCCUCUGGGUUUGUCUCAUCGAUCGAAGCUCUCGAUUGCGCUCGACGCCGCAGGGGAGCACGACGAGGAUGGCAUGGGGGCUGAUGACGUGGACAGAGACAGGCCAAUCGGAUUCCAUAAAAUUCCGGAUGAGUUGAGGGCGAGUCGUGUGGAAGCGGCGUUUGCAGCAGCAGAUAUGAACGGGGAGCGGCGAGGGAGGGGGGCGUUUCGAGCGAGUGGGAGCAGCGGGAGCAGUGCGGGGAGCGGGCGUGGCAAGGGGUACGAGGCACCUCAGGUGUUUUCUCAGGUGGCAGCGGAGUGGGAGCAAACAGUGUGGGUGCCUGAGGGCGACUGGGAGGUGGUGCUGUCAGCGCCCUUUGGGGGCGUCACCGGUCUCGUCUACCCUGCUGCUCAAUCCUCUCAGUCUGCUGUCGCCAUCGACUCGCCUGGUUACUUUGGCUCCCCAGUGGGGCGGCUGUCAGGAGGCCACCACAUCGCCGCUCACACGCUGCCGAUCCGCGUGUGCGGUGUUGGCGCGCUGUGUGCUCGAGGCGUGCCCCGACCCGCUCUCUCCGCGUGUGCUCGCAGCCGUCUUUGUCGACUGCGCUGCUGCCUGCAACAACCCGCCACACACGCCGCCCGUCCCCACGCACAACCUCACCUGCUCACAGCCUGCCCUCUCUCCACCCUCUCGCAUCUCAUCCCAUCCCACCAGGCCCUAGGAGCCCUGCCACCGGACUUCGCAACCUACCUCUGUGCUGGUGCUUCCGCUGCUGCUACAGCCGCAUCUGCUGAUAUGGGCGCCAGAAGGCUAGUCAAGGAGGCGGCCUUUCCUUACAAUCACUACCACUUAUACCAGCACGACCCUCGCUACAGUCAACACGGGGCAGCAGGGCAGCAGAGCCGGCGCCGCAGAGUGCCUCAGCAAGGCUCUGCAGUAUCGCCCGUGCACGUGCAGGAGCAGCAGGGUGCUGCCCGGCUGCCUGCACGCGCUGCUGUGUAUGAGUCUACUCAAUCUUCCUUUGCUCCGCUGCCUGCACAUCCCCCUCCCCUUCCUCUCCCUUCCCUCCUCUGCCUUGGCUCCCUCCUCCUGCUCUCACUCCCUCUUGCACUUGACUCUUCCCACAUGCACGUCACUGACAACACCCUCUGGGAGGCCCUCGGUUCCUCCGACCAGCAGCGAAUCCAGAACUGCCACGUGGCAGUCGCCCGUGCCCUCUACACAGCUGUCAAGGACAGCUGUCUCGUCUCUGCCAUCCCCUUCCAGCCACCCCUCCCCUCCGCCGCCCAAUCCUCUGCGCCCGCCCUCCUCGCCCCUGCCGCCCGGCUGCGGCUCGUGGCGUUUGUGUGCUCGCUGGUGGGCGGCGAGCGGGUGGCACAGCGCGUGCAGGGGUGCAACUACACGCACCAUGCGUCCGGGCGACAGCUGGUGACGUUGCAGCAGCUCAGCACUGACGUGCCCUGGGCCCACGCCAACAGCGUCCCAACGCCCCUCUCCCACACCCAGCAGGCGCGCUUCACAGCCAUGCUGCUCGCCGCACUCGACUCGCUCCUCGCUCUCCCCCCCUCCCGCCUGGCUGCCCUCUCCCGCCUCCUCCACGCCCUCGACCCAGCAGUCGUGCUCCCCUCCCUGCCGCCCUGUGGGGACGCGGUGGGCCCCACGCUGCUGUGGGCGCCGGGGGUGGUGCUGAACACAACAGUGGCGGUGGGGGAGAAGGUCACGUGGCUCUGGGCUGAUGGGCUGCCUCACGCGCUCACGUUGACCGACCUGACCUCUCCUCAACCGCCCCCAUGGCACGGCUUUGGCACGGGGCAGCUGGUGGUGGCAGCAGGCUCGGAGUGUGCGAGUGACAACGUGGGGACACUGCCUGCUGCUGCCGAUGACUCAGACCGUGCCACUGCUGCCGUGCACCUGCUGUGGGCCGCACACGUCCCCCUGCCCUGCUCCCUCUCCAUCCCUGGCGACCCGGAGGUCUUCUCAGUGUCAGCAGUGCUGCUGGCCCCCAACACCUACCACUACCACUGCACACGCACCGGCCGCCUCAUGCCCGGCCUCCUCUCUGUGCUGCCUGCCCCGGCCGCCUCAACCGCCUCCUCCUCCCAAUCGCCCUCUACCGCCACCUUUUCUGCUGGCACAGCAUCUGUGAACGCAGCAGACUCAUCCGCUCUAACAGCUGCGGCCGCCCCUGCCCCAUCUGCCCCCUCUGCUCCACCUACUGCUGCUGUGUCGGCAGCAGCGGCAGUGAUCUCAGCGCCGCUGGCAGUGCAGUGUGCGCCAGGCUGCGCCCUGAGCAUGCUGGGGGACGGGCUGUGCCACAGCGCAUGCCACGUGGACGCCUGUGCCUUUGACGGGGGCGACUGUGCGUGCGCGCGCCCCCCUCGCUCGCUGCCUGCUGCCGUGGCCUCUGCUCCCUCCUCCUGCUCGUGCCCGCUGGGGCAGAUGCGCUCCAACCAGGGCUCGGGCGGCGUGGCGGCGGGCACAGCGGGCGGCGUGGCAGCAUCGCCGCUGGGCGAGCUGGUGGCGGAGAGGCAGCAGGUGGCGCAGGCGCGGUACGUGGCAGCGCAGCGCAACCGGCUUCUCAUCGGGCUCUUCCUCGAGCAGACGCGCGCCGACGGUGGACCCUGCAGGCCCUCCAGGUUCCUGAGCCUCUUCCCCUACUGUGCCAACAGCUCAUCACGCCAGCCAUUUGGAAUCAACCCAGCAUUCCUCCCCUCCUCCUCGCUCUACGACCCUGACGCUGCUGCUGCCCUCGCUGCAGCCACCAACCAAUCCCUGCCGCCUCUUGACGGCCAAUCGGACUCCUCCAUUCCGGGCGGCAGCAGCAGUGCCGUCAGCCAAUCAGACUCCUCCGUUCCGGGCAGUAGCGCCAGCUCCGUCAGCCAAUCAGCAACCGGCGGCACUGUAGCACCAGUCAAUCCCACGGAGCUGCGAGCGUUUCAGAACCACAGUGUGCCGUACGGGUUCGCGCCCGUGCAGGCGGACAAGGCGGCGUUCCCGGUCGUGUUUGACGUGAAUCUGGACAGCGGGGCGGCCGCCGCGCGGCUACAGUACCUUGUGGACGGCUUCUUUAUCGACAAUGCCACCCGCACCAUCACCGCCCAGAUGCUCACUUACAACGGUACGAUCUUCACCAUCGGCCUUUGGGAGAGCCAUCUCUUUGUGCUCACUCGAGUGCGCUUCAUCUGCCAGGUGGGAGGGCAGAUAGCAGUGAAGUACGAGAUCGAACCAGUCAACGUGGAGGUGUUUCGCACGGAGGGCGACUGGGUGCAGCUGGGGGUGACGCUCGUGUACGUCAUUGCUGUCUUGUGGAACCUGCUCGAAGAGGCUAGAGAGGCCUUCUCCCUCUGGCUUCACACGGGCAGGGUGUGGGCAUACUUCCGGUCGCUCUGGAACUGGCUGGACGUGCUCUCCCUCACCAUCCAGUUCUCCGGCAUCAUCAUGUGGUUCAUCAUAGCCAUACAGCUGUCGGGGCCCUUUUCAGUGCAGGCGCGUUACAACAUUUACGCCUCGCUGGGCGACACACCCUUCCCCUGGCAGGUAGUAUCUCCCCCAACACAGUACCUGGCAGCAAUGAGCGUAUACAACCAGAUAGAGCACAUUGUGUCCUGGCGCUCCAUCUGCGUCGCACUGCAGGGCAUCAACGUCUUCCUGAUGACCCUGCGUCUCCUCAAGCUGAUGGACUUCCAGCCGCGCAUCUCCAUCCUCACGCGCACCAUGGCAGCAGCGCUGCCCUCCCUGGGCCACUUCCUGCUCCUCUGGGCCAUCGUCUUCGUCGGCCUCUCAGUCUACGCCUACGCACUGGAGGGGUGGCCGCUGGCAGCUGCGAUGGUGUUUUGGAUCUCGUUUGUGGCGGUGAUGGUGUUUGUGCUGCUCAACGUGCUCAUCGCUAUUGUGGUCGAUGCGAUGAUGGAGGUGCAGAAAGAGUCAGAGGACUCACCGUCCUUUUUCCUGGACAUGUGGCGUGUCUUUCGAAGCUACGCCAUCCGCUGCUCCACGCGCUACUGGAAGCCUGGGCGCCUGCAGAGGCACCUGCUUGCGCUGGGGGCAGAGGACGACACCAAGCAGAUCUCCUCCCUGGCCCACUCUAUAAGGGUCAUCAAGGGCAGCUUCAGCGAUCUCGACAGCUGCUUCAGCUUCCCAACCGCCUGCCCGCAGCCGGACCUCACCCGCCCGCGCCGGGUCUUCCGAGUCAACAACCGGAGCUACACGGCCGAUAACCUAUCAAGGGUGAUCGAGCGCCGAUUGCAACGCUGCCCCGCGGGUUCUCUUUCCCGCCGAUUCUCGCUGCUCAAGGCCGAUACGGAAAGGGCGGAUCAAGGGCCAGGAAUCAAGCCUGACAAGUUGACGGACAUCAUUCUGGCGCAGUUUGGAGAGGAGAUGGGGUCGGUGGUGCGUGGUCCGGGGCAAGGCACCGACGAGGAGGCAGAUCUGGAGGUCAUGAAGGAAGAGGUGUUCCGGAUCGAGAAGAGCACGACAGUGUCGGCUGAAGGCCUGGCGGAGCUGCAGGGGGAAGUGCAGAUGCAGCGGCUUGCUCUCCGCAAUCUGCAGCGGCAGCUCACCAAUCGGGACCUUCGCCGAGCUUCCCAGCCAUUCCGUACGGAUAGUAUCGCAUCUGCUACGCGAAUCCCGGCAGCACGUAGGCAGUUCACAUUUGGAGCCAUGGCGCGCUCCCUCCUCGCCAUGCUCGUAUGCCUCACCCUCGCGACCUCCGCCCUCGCCCGCACGUACGACCGCCCCCACUUGCACCGCAUGCACGCCCGCCGCGGCCUGCGCCACGUGCGUGACCCCGCGGCUGGCUCGCGCCGCCUCCUCUCCUCCGCGUUCGGCGACGAAUCUUCCUCCACCAACCCCAAUGCUGACUAUAUCGGUUUUGACGAUUUCGUCUCGGGGCCUGUCUCUCCCGCUUCCGCGCAGCUGAAAGCCCUGUUGGCGAUUAAAGCCGCCUGGAAGAGCAGCUUCUACGCAGCUUCCACUUGGCAGGAGGGCAGUACUGACACAUCCGCUUGGGAGGGCCUCGAGAUUGACGACUCUGGGAACGUCGUCAGCAUGCGGCUGGUCUCCGCGGGCGUCGAAGGACCGUUGCCCGUGGCGUUCGCUGCACUGACGGCCCUCACGUCGCUUGAUCUCCGUCAAAAUAAGCUGACUGGCGAGGUUCCUCGCGGUGUUUUCUCCAAGAUGCCUUACCUCAAGGAGUUUUAUGUCGCGGAUAACAAUCUCUCGGGGCUGUUUCCGUGGAGGCAAUUUUUCGGGCAGGCGAAUUCCCCGCUGCAAAUGUUUGAAAUCGACGGGAACGCUUUCAUCGGUGGUGUUCCCAACACCCUUUUCCAAAACGCGCCAAAUCUCCAAGCCUUCACAGCCAGCGGCAACAAGUUUACCGGACAGAUGCCAACUGGUUUGUCGGGCUGCCCGCUUCUUUCAGUCAUCGAUUUGUCUGACAACCAGCUGACCGGCGCGAUUCCGGCCGCGUUUGGCCAAAUGGACGGGCUGGAGGUGUUUGACGUCAGCAACAACCUGCUAACCGGUUACCUGCCGGCGACCUUCGGAUUCUCAACGACGAUCAUGAACCUCGAUGUUAGCAACAACAAGCUGAGCGGUUUCCUCCCCGCAUCGCUGGCCAAUCUGGGCCAAUCGCUGCGGGCCUUCAAAGUGGCGAACAACUACUUUACUGGAGUUUUGCCCAAGUUCCCAAACCUAGGGAGGGGGUGCGGCCCCAAGGGCUCCGAUGCUGUUUCGUGUUACAGGUUCUCGAGCGUCAUUGAUUUGAGCAACAACUACUUCUACGGGAAGGAUGAGAUGACAAUCCAGGCGGCCAAUUGGACGGGCACGCCCAAGACCGACGUGAUCUGCCCAGGCAAAGACUUUCCAAAUGACAUUUCUGUUCAGGGAAAUUGCUUGGUGUCCACUGCGACCUGCACAGCCAAGUCGCAGAGGGCUGCUGCGCAAUGCACUGCGUUCUGUGGGACAGGCGCAGGGUCUCCUCAGUGUGGAGGUGGUGGUGUCUGUAUUUGGGAUGCAGCUGGUGGUAAGGCGGGAUGUCGGUGCAAGGAGGGCUUUGUGGCUUCUGCUGAUGUAAUCGCAGCCAAUUUGUUCACCCUGUCCUCCAGCAGCCGACCAAUAAUCGAACCAGCAUCGCAAGCGUCGUAUCGGGAAGAGCUGAAGGAUGCGAUCGCCGCGUUGCUGAAAAUCCAUGGCUUCUCCAAAUACGCCCUCGAAACGCUAGCUCCCGCAUUGUCCACAGGCCCCAACGAUCUCUUCCGUCAGAAUCUUACCAUUCUUGCUCCCAGCUCUGCUGCUCUCGUGCAAGUUAGCGAUGAUGCCUUUAACGCGCACGACAGCGUCCGGAUUUCCGAGUUCACGGUGCUCGCGACUCGCAUGACGUAUAGUGAAAUUUUGGCCCACCCAGAUGAUCAGCCGCUUCCCACCCUGGAGGGUUCGCCUUUAUCAAAGGUGACUGUAAUGAAGGCGGACGGAACGCCUGAUUAUGUGGUGUUUGUUCAACCAGAAGGCGCUGUGGCAGCAGGGCCUCGUGCAACCUUAGUUGCUGCUGACGUGUACCUAGGCCCCACACUCGCCAUCCAUGGCAUAGACAGCGUGCUGUUCCCUCCAUUAGGACGGGGUUGA